CAUUAGACAAUUAGACAAUUUGUAGUUGCAGCGCAAAGCGCAUAGAGGGGUGCGGAUUUUAUUUAUUGCACCAUUAAAUUGAUACGAAAAGCUCUUCUAUUAACGUAAACACAUUCAAUAACACAGCUGAUAAAUUUGUGACAACAGUACCAGUCAAGCAAUAUAUCGUCGUUAAAAUUGAUUUUAAAGUUCUAUUUGUAGUUACUCAAUACGGGCUGUGCAGUGCUUAUUUACAAUAUUGAAACGUCAAUUUUGUGAUAUGCUUAACUAUUUACCGUACUAUGCAAGUGGCUGCAUAGUGGAAGGUUUUCGCCGUGGCUCCUCUGAACUCGGAGUGCCGACAGCGAACUAUCCCUUGGAAGUGGUUAAGUCUUUACCGUGUUGUUUUAAGACGGGGAUUUAUUACGGCUGGGCAAAUGUUGAUAAUGGGCCAGUUUACAAAAUGGUUAUGAGUAUUGGUUGGAAUCCGUUUUACAAUAACAAAGAAAAAAGCAUGGAAACUCACAUAUUGCAUGAUUUUGACUGCGACUUGUACGGUUCAUUACUUAAAACUUGUAUUGCUGGAUUUUUAAGACCUGAAAAGAAUUUUGAUUCUUUGGAAGACUUAAUACACGCUAUCCAAGAGGAUAAAUGUUUAGCCAAAGAUUUGCUAGAUGCCGAUGAGUCGAAACGCGCUCUACAAGACAGUCAGUUUUUCUAUGGUACUUGUAAGGAAAACAAAAAUGAUAAGGAUUCCCAACCUAACGGAGGCACUUAAACUUGCUAUGACAAA